AUGGCAUUUCGAGACCAGCAGCAACGGACCCCCCACCACUUACCUCCCCACACAACUUCCCAAUUACUACCUAAGCUCCGCCUCAUGCCCUCCUCCUCGAAGCUUAGGAGUGAGCAGUCCUCCUCACCUGCGCCGUCAGCUCCUACUACAAGAAGACCACUGCGCGAGCACACCUUUGCUUCAUCACGGAGGGCGGAAUCCCCAGUAUCAUUACAUCCAAAGAAGAGUAGCCUACCAAAGCCUAUGUCUAUUAUUGGCUCCCCGACAAUGACACCCGUUACUACUUUGAAACCAAGGACCAGUCCGCCCUCUAAAAGCAAUACAGGCUUCGGAGGGCCCACUGUAUCUCAUGCUACGGGUUCGCUGGAGAAACGACCGCGAACACUAUUACGGAGAAAGCCCUCGGCUUCCUCAGCCGCCUCGUUCUCAUUGACAAGUCUGCGAACAGGCUCCACAACUUCAUUCAACGCAUCUACUGCCUCGAUUACGUCCUCGUCUUCGCUGGUCGGCGGGUCGAAGAACGCCUCUCAGACUUCGAUAUUAGGGAUAGCCUUGCCACCUACCUCCACUACGGGCAAACCCCGAUCGAAAAGUUCGUCAUCCACCCAGGGCGAGGCUCCCCGAUUACGGACACGAGACCAACAUAUUCCGGCUCCAAUAAACAUCUACGAUAGUGGGGCUAGCAGUAGCCCUUCAACGAGGUAUACUGAGUCGCCAGGAGGGUAUAGUUACUCAUCCACCCCUUCAUCAAUAUCCUCUCACUCUCCUGGUUUCCCGCCGGCGCAUCACAGAUUUCGUAACCCCACACCACCAGUUAGGAACAAUCUUGAUUCAGUUCGCGAGUCGACCACAUCCACCUCGUCCGGGUCCACAAUCCGAGCGAAUCCCCGCGACGAGGAUACCGACUCAGAGGACGGGGGUGUGAGGACUGAGCAGCGGAGCAUUGGAACUUUGAGUCCUCCACCAAUGGUUGAAGAGACGUACUUUCCGCAGUUGGGAUCCGCUUCCGCACCUAAUACACCAUUUUACCAAACGGUCCGUGGAUCACCUAGACUUGCACCACAGGCGGUGCCUUCGCCUUUGCUCCUGUCCGCCACGCAUUCGAAAACUCCUUCUCCUGCUUUGGGUGUUCGAGGACGGAAGGAUAGCACUUCAUCCAUCUCUUCAAGGUUAGGUGCCCUAGAGUUGGCGAACAUGUCGAAGGGUCUCGGCGUCUCAAUGCCGCCGCAGGCACCUCCAGGCAGACUGGCAAAAGGACGAAGCAAGUCCCUCAGCAGCACCACCGCUUUCUCGUUACCUACAAGAGCCAGUCGAAAAGAGACCGCUACCCCCCCAUUACCAUCAGCCGGACACCCACCUCCUAGGAAGAAUAGUAAUCCUAUUGCUAGGGGUCCUACACCACAACCACGAGAUCCUAUAGCUAUUCAAAACAGUCUGUACCAUAAUAUCCCUACAUCUUCAUUAGUUGGGAACAUUUCUACCAUGGCCAAGAGAAGUGAGAGUAAGGAUGGGUCUGGGCGAGAGAAGUCACCGACAAGGUCUAGUCCUGGCAAGCCGCGACCGAGCUUCUUUUCUCGAGGGAGGACGAAGACAUCAGGGUCCAUGGACGAGAAGGAGAGGGGGAAGGAGAGGGAAAGGGAAAAAGAGAAGGAGAGGGAGAAGGAGAAGGAGAAGGAGAGGGAAAGGAAGGUAGAGAAGGAGAAGAGGAAGGGCCCUGCCGCGGGUACUGGACAUGAAGGGUAUGCGGCGUUUGGGAAACAGGUUACUUGUAGAGGGAGGAGUGGCUCUACCGGUGGUAGUAGUAUUGGGAGUUUUGUGAGGAGCGGCAGUACGAGUUCUACUACCGGUGGGUCGCUAGGCAGAGCAGCAGGUGGCAGGCGAGGUAGUUCGGGUGGUGAGCCGGAUGACUAUCUGCGCGACAGACUGAAGCCGGUUGUUAUUGUUGGAGGUGGAGCAGUCGUCGAGAACAGAAACACUGGUGAAUCGAUGAUCAGGACUGGAAGUACCGAUAGCAACAAUGAGAAGAGAAACUUGGAGAUUGGGAAACGGGGCCCGAGUCCUGUUUACAUGUCAAGGGAAGGAAGCUCGGAUAGUAUGUUCAAGAUUCCCGGGAGGAAUACUACUCCAAAAUUACCUGCAUCGCCGGGCCCUGAGGCCCCUCCGCGGAAAUCGGGACGAUGGGGCUUCUUUCGGUCGGGUAGCGCAUCCAGUUCACGGGGGAACGCGACUCCGUCACCGGUGCCGACUCCUGCACCGCCGAUCACUCCGAUCCCGACCGCUACGUCGGGAGCAACACCGGCUACUACUGUCCGAAAAGCGAUACAUACCUACAGACGCCAACCACAUUAUGCGCUUCUCGACCAAGAGGAGCUGCAAGAAGCCGCACAGUUGGCAGAGCAGGUUCGAGAUCUGCGACGGGAGCACGUGCAUCCGACCAAUAACUAUGCAAAUGCGAUCAGGCAGCAGGGUGGUAUCCAUGAACCACCAACGAUUUCCCAGCCAUCCACUCCUUUGCCGAUUUCUCGGGAUGCACCCGCCGUUCUACCUUCUUUACCUACUCCCCCACCACCCCCACCAACACUACUGCCCCCACCGCCUAUUUCAUCGCCGCCACCACCAUCGAGGUCCGCCCCCCCAAGCGCCGCGGAGCAAGUGCGCAAGGAAGUACGUGCAGCAAAGGCAAACGAACGAAAAUACCUUCAGCGACUCCAGCAGGUUGGCCGGAUCCCACCAGUUACGAGAACCGGAGCCCCUGGCCUUCCUCAAAAUGUGCCGACCUUGUCGCCACCCGCUUACCCGAAGACUGUUCCUGCCCCCCCCGCGCACGCCCCCCCUCAUGCUCCACCAAAGACAAAGACAAUACAGAACUUACCCCCAAUCAAGACCCAGGUUCUUCGCGCUGAGGUUGAAGCCAACACUGCACCACCACGAAUGGAUCGUCUAUUUGAGGAAGGCUUCCGCCGAGCGAACGAGGGCUUCCAAGUGCCUUGGGGUUCGUCUGGUCUUACGCCUACCACUGCGAUCCACCGACCUAGGGCCUCCUGCCAGAUUGAUCCCCUCGAUGUUCACGGUGUACAGGCGGCAGCGAUGGUUGCGGAGGUGUCCGACCAUGCCCCGAACGCUAGCCAAUGCGGUACAGAAUGGCCUGUCAGAAAGGAUUCUGCUACCUCGACCCCUGUAACUGCCGAGCCGGUGCCGGAGCCAACGCCGAAACCAGUCGAAGAAGAGGAAGACAUCUGGCCAGAGUACAAUGACCUUAUUGAUGCAGGACUAUUCGGAGAGGCUACAAUAGCAGAGUCAGAAGCGGAAGAGGAGCAGCCUGGCACAAAAUCAACGACAUCAUCACUUGGCUCCCCCUUCCGCUACGAAGACCUUUGCAGCGCAUUCCCAGACCUCCGAGAUGAUGAAGGAAUGAAGCUUAAUGAGGAAGAGGAAGUUGAUAACAAGGGCGAACCCAAAGUCAACGACUCGCCAACCCUUCGAAAUGCUGCACCUACACUUGUCUUGCCCUCGCCUUUGCCCAUGGUCACCAACCCACCGUUUACACCGCCAGCUUACAAGAUCCUUACCCCCGGCACGCCUUUUUCCCUCUCUUCGUUCAUCAGGUCUUAUGGAGAUGAUCGCGAUCGAGAUUCCCGGGGGACCGUUGGCAGCGUGCAAAGUAGGCAUAGUGCUCACUUGGAAUCGUCCCCACCACCGAAUCUGAGUCUUCCGUCUACCUCACCGCGCCGGCGAUCACAUAGAUCCCGGGGCUCCGGUGGGUCCUCUGACUCACAUAGGUCCACCGACUCGACUGGAUCGAUCGACUUGGAUACGUCUCAGGAUGAGAUGACUGUACGACUCUGGGCACUCAUGGCUAGUCGCUGGUUGUCUACUGAUAGAGUCCUUGUCAGUCCUGCACAUGAGAUGAUGGCAAAAAUCACAACGGCAGUUGGUCCUCGCGCCAGCGGCGGCGGUAGGGUUCUUGUUAUCGAUGGUCUCGGUACAGGUAAUUCAUCCUUGCCUAUCAAGCUACCAGGGUACUGACAAUCAUACAGAUGACUGGUCCUUCUACUGCGCCCUUUCGUACCCCUCUGCGAAGAUCUACAAUCUCUCCUCUUCCCUCUCCUCAAACCCACAAACCACCAACACCCCGCCAUCCCCCUCUAGGCCUCAAAACCAUCGACAAAUCCACCACGAAGACCUCUUCUCCUCCUUCCCCUUCCCCAAAGGCUUCUUCAACGUGAUAUCCUUUCGCUUCCUCCCCAGCUCCUCGGACUCCAGCCUCCCCUUCCUCCUCUCCGAAUGUCGGCGCGUGCUCGAACCAGGCGGUUACUUGGAAGCAACAGUACUGGAUGUUGACCUCCUCGGCAACGUCGGCCCGAAGGCGCGAAAAGCUGUGGAUCUCGCCAAGACCAUCAUGCACCGCGAGAACUACACUUCCUCCAACUCCACGUCCACGCAGUCGGAGAAGGUACUCAGACUUCUGUCCAGGCGCGGUUUCGAGGACACGCACAAGUGUUUUGUCGGCUUGCCGGUGGUCUCCAACGUCCCCAUCACCGGUGGCGACGAGGCUAAUAGCGCGGUGCUCGCGCGCGUCGGUCGGUGGUGGUAUACUAGAUGCUACGAACGAGUGAUUACAAGUCAGGGCGAGGCUAUGAGAAGGAGUAUGUGGAAUGAACGUGGGUUGUUGAGGGAGUGCGAGGAGAGGAAAACGGCUUUCAGGAUGCUGGUCGCGUACGCCAGGAAGCCGGUUAAGGGGGCUUCGGCGGGCGGAUUGAUCUAAUCCUUUCUCAUUUCUCACCCUUUCUGCCUUUCUUACCCUCGUUUUCCACAACCCUUUUAUUUUUCUUUUGGGUUCCGUUCUUACCACCGAGCGAGCGCUCUUUUUUCUUGUUCAAACUAAUGACUGGGGUGGGGACGGGGGUUUCUCUUCAUUUCUCUUCUUCCACUUAUACCUUUCUAUCAUACCUUUUUCACGUUUACGUUUCUCCUUUUUUUUUAUCGCGGAGUUUGCACUUGCUUUCUGUCAACCUUCAUUUUAGCGGGACUGGUUUUCGGGGUUUUAUUUCUUCCUCCGCCUAUUUUCCUAUUUUCCACGGCUUGGUCUUGGUCUGGGUAUCGGAUUGAUUUACAUGAUAAUUUCCUUCUCCUUCGUUUCCACCAUACCUUUCUUGGUCUGCUUUGUAUAGUACCCUCCUCCACACUUCCCCCAUGCAUGCAUGCAUCCAUCCGCGAAAACGACCAUGCAUGUAACGGAUACGACACGUUAUGAUUUACGCUGUGAUUAACAUUUAUUCCUUUUUUUUUCUUUUUCCCUUCUCUCUUCCGCUCGCCAAUUCCAAAAGUAUCCGGACAUUGUGCUGCCAAAAGACUCGCAAAUUCGUAUGUGGUUUUCAGGGGCUCGAGGUGCAGAUUUCCGGAUACUCUUUGAAUUGACGAGUAACCUUGUGCUUUCUUCAUUAUACAUGUAUCCUGACACGGUAAGUCAGUGUCCAUCGGUUAACGGCGCACCAAUUUGUCUCUCCUAUCCAUCUACAGUGCCAAGGUGUUGUUGUGUAUGAUAUAUCAAACUGUUAGCACUCGAGCGCCGGUACUCGAGUAGUUUUGUAACUUUUGUUAGCGGUAGAAGUGGGGGGUUGAAAUAAAUUGAAACGACUCUACGAGU